CUGGGGACGGGAGCGGGGCGGCAGCGGCUGUGUGGAGAAGAGUGGGUGGAGAGGGGAGGAGGAGUGGAGCAGAGCGGAUUGCACUCAAAGCUCCCAGUGCAUCCGCAGCCCCUCUGGCAUGUGCUCCAUUCGCUAGUCCCUCUGCCUCUGGCACAUCGCCGCCAGCUGCUGCUGCUGAGGCCCCUGCACUGUCAACAGCAACCAGGAGCUGGGUCAGAGCCUGAACCGAGCCCCAGGAGCCCAAACGCUGCAACUGGAGGAAUCCACAUUCUCUUCAGCCCCUGAGGAAAGCGUCCAGGCAGACCCCUGGAGGAGGGAGCUCAGACUGCCACUGUGGGCACCAGGAGUGGUCCCUUGCAGGCACCCCGGAGGAUCCAGUCUCUCCCCGGAACCGACCCUGGCUCCAUGGAGGAGGAGGAGGCUGUGCUGUCUCCCAGGGCUAACAGCACUGAGUGUAGCAUCGGGGCGAACAGGACAGGUUCCCCGGUGUGUUGGCUGCAAGUGUCUGGGGGUGGCCCAGAGGUCGUGAUUGUGCCUGUGCUCUUCGGGCUGAUCUUCCUGCUGGGCCUGGUGGGGAACACGCUGGUGUUAGUGGUGCUGGGGCGAAUCCGGUCUGGGGGACGCCCUUCACGCAGCGCCACCAACAUCUUCAUCCUCAACUUGAGCAUCGCUGAUUUCUCAUUCCUGCUCUUCUGCAUCCCCUUCCAAGCCACCAUCUACUCCCUGCCAGAGUGGGUCUUCGGCGCCUUCUUCUGCAAAUGGGUUCAUUACCUGGCCAUGGCCACCAUGCUCGUCAGCAUCUUCACCCUGGUGGCCAUGUCUGUGGACAGAUACAUCGCCGUGGUGCACGCCAAGCGCUCGCCCUGCAUCCGCAGCAAACGCAAUGCCUCCCUGGGUGUGGGCAUCAUCUGGCUGCUGUCGCUGCUCAUUGCCAUCCCCGUGGCCCAGCACCAGGCCCUCAUGAGUGGCCACCAUCAGGCACCCAACAGUUCCUUCUGCUGGGAGCAGUGGGCUGAUGAUUCAGCUGCCAAGCAAACCUACAAGGUGACCAUCCUGGUGGUGGGGUACCUGCUGCCCCUGGUGCUCAUUACCUGCUGCUAUGCCAAGGUUUUAUAUCAUCUUCAUAAAAAAGUGAAGAACAUUUCCAAGAAGUCGGAGAGAUCAAAGAAAAAGACAGCGCAGACAGUGCUACUCGUGGUAGCUGUAUUCUUGAUUUCUUGGCUGCCGCACCACAUCAUCACCAUGUGGGCAGAGUUUGGUCAGUUUCCCCUGAACAACAUCUCCUUCACUUUUCGCAUCAUCUCUCACUGCUUAGCCUACGGGAACUCUUGCAUUAACCCCAUCAUCUAUGCUUUCCUCUCGGAGAACUUCCGCAAGGCUUGCCGGCAAGUCUUCACCUGCAAGUUCCUCCUGCAGCCAGCUCCAGCUGAGAAGCUUGUGAGAAUACGCAUGGAGAACUUUUCUACAACCCACUCAACGACUAAUGUGUGACCUGGGCAUAAAACAUGAAAAUGCAUUUCUGUAGAAUCUACUGGAAAAACAGAGAAGAUGGGGAGAGUAAAGGGGGCCCCCGCUUGUAUAGAUAUGAUUCUGGAGCAGAGUGCCUCAAGAGUGACUCAUUCAUCAUGUCAAUGGAAUCAUGAGCCAUUCCUUAAUGCAGCUGUUAGCAUACUUCACACAGGAACAGCCGGUCCAGUUGUGGCCCGCUAACCACUAGAUUCUAUACAGCAGCAGUGCUCAGACACACCACACAAGCUCCUAAAUACUUCCAGAUUCAUACAAAAAGGCUGAGGCAUAAGUUUAGCUGGAAGGUGGAGUUUUAUCUGAUAAGAAAAUAAUCCAGUUCUGUGUCCUUCAAAGAGCAGUCAAACUGAUGGGGCUGAAUACAAACUGGGGUGUGGUUUAUUAGUGAUAUAGUAUUUGGAGCGAUUGCUUGAAGUAGUUAGGAAAAUGUUUUGUUGCAAAGUCUCUAAUGCUACUAUUGUAUCUUAAAUCACAUCUGGAUGUCAGUGUUUCUAGUGUAAGUGAACUGGAUUUAUUUUUAAUUACUUUGCUGUGUCUGGGUCUCCAUUCUUCAUAACAGGUUUUCCUAGCCCUCGACAGAGUAAAAGAGCUCAGUGCAUUCAUGUAACUGACCAGUCACAAAUUAUGUCUCAGAGGUCUGAGUAUUUGUAUUUGUCGGCUCUGUAUAUUUCCUGGUUUGAAUGUUAGUACCAAUUACAUUCAGGAAAACAUUAUCAAUCAUUGUCUCUAAUGCCAGCGAGGGGGAGAGCACAAGAUUUAAAACUGAAACUCUUAGAAGAGUAUACUGUUAAGUGUCAGUGUCUUUCUGUUCAAAGGUUUUGUUUGUACACAUCCUGUGAGCAUGCCUUGCCAAAGCAUCAACUGUAUCGUAGCAACCAUCGUUUUGAGGCCUUUGAACUGAGCAUUAUUGCCGUAUGAACCUGGUGUUUGUAAAUAUACAAAGUGCCAUGCUAGUUCAUUUUUUACAUUGUAUGGCUGAAAAUUGUAUUUUGUUCUUUGUUAUGUAAUUUGAAAACCAUUGCAUUAAACGUUGUGUUCUGCAAUUCA